UCAAAAUAUUUUCACCAUCAACUCGACACGGAAGUUUUUUUUUGUCAAUGUAAACUAGUUUAAAGUUAGUUUUCUCCUCAUUUUUUUUUGUUGAAAAAUGAUCAAAAAAGUGAAAUUCUGAAAGUCGAGGGACAAAUUUUACCCAACAGACAAUCGCCACCGCAGGAUGGCCCGCAACCACCGUCGCACGAUGAGCGACGUAUUCAACAUCGAAGUAGCAUCCACGGAGGGCGGAUUACGACCGAAGGAUGCAACAACAGCGGAUCCGCAGCAGCGGCAGAAUGUAAACUUUGCGGAUAUAGCCAAAUGUUCACCGUCGUCUUCGUCGAGUGACUUUCAGAGCACGAGUGACAGUAACUUUCUGCUCCGAGCGGAUGGCGCCUAUCGGAGACAGUACUCCUACGACGACGGCAGUGUUGACAACAAACAGCUGGUGAACGGUGGGGUGGAACUGGAUGAGGAGCUUCAACAGGUGCAAAAGCAGCAGCAGCAACAACGCCACAACAAGAAGGAAGAGGAGGAUGAUGACAAUGAUAAAGACGAGGAGGAUGGAAUACAGGAGUACGCAAGCAGACAGGGCAGUCAGUUUGAGUCGAGUGCCGACUGUGGCAGAGCAAGUCGAGUGGCUGUCGAUAGCUUUCGAAGAUGGUCAGCUAAUUUCGGUAAAAGUAUCAAGAACAAUAAACGGAACAUGUACAACAAAACGAUCCGCUUCAUGCCGUCGCGGCUGCAGAAAACUCUCUCCAUCGAUGGGGAUCUCAUCACGUCGACGGCGACGGAUGUGGAGCAUAUCACGAUGGAGUUGGAACAACGGGAGCAGCUCAUGGAGGACAAUCCGCUGUCGGAGCAGUUGCGUAUUGAAGCGAUCAAAUCGAUGGCCCAGACUUUGUCGAUCAAGCGACAGAUUCGAGCCAAUCUUACGCACACCGUGAACCGCCGAUCCGUUAGCCGUUCCAAAUCGGUUGGCUUCCUGCGGAAGUGCAAGUACAGGGGCAAAAUGUACCUCAGCCGAUCGAUAAAGUUCGCUAAACAGGCGAUCACGAAUUUUGAGCUGUUUUACGGUAGCAUGAAGGAAAUUGAGGGACACUUUGGCAGUCGGAUUAGCGCGUAUUUUAAGUUUCUGCGUUGGCUGAUGGUGUUGAACUUGCUGGUUGUUGUGUUUGUCUUCUGGUUCUUCACCUUUCCCCAGAUUCUCUAUGCUGGACUGCAGGAAGGGUCACACAGUACUGAGGGAAAGGUACUGCAAAAUGCGCGGCCAGAAUUUCAGUUUACGGAUGUAUUUACUGGAGAGGGUUAUUUUACAGAAUCUAUCAUGUUCUACGGCUCCUACAGCAAUUCCUCCUUCACACUGCUGCCGGGCACCUCGGAGUACAGUCUUCCUCACGCAUACUUCCUAACGGUCAUCAUAAUGUACCUGGCCACAUUUGCUUUCGUAUCGAUCAGCAUGGCCCGUUCGUACCGGGUUAGCUUCAUCGAGUCCAGCGGAGCAGUUCACAACAUUCUGACGCAUAAGAUUUUCUGCUCGUGGGAUUUCGGCAUAGCGAAUGAAAAAGCCGCCCAGUUAAAGCAUGCCAGCAUCUUCCAGGAGCUUCGGGAACAUUUAACCGUGCUGAACCGCCCCGAGGUACCUUCCGGCAAGUGGUACAAACUGCGAAGCACAACCUUCCACUUGACGGCUCAUCUAACGGUGCUACUGAUGAUCACCGCCGUCGGCUAUGGAACUUGGAUGCUACUACUGAACUUUGGCGAAACAGAGCACUUCAGCACCUGGUCGGCGUUGUACGUGUCCAUCGCUACCAACAUCACGAUGCUCGGCUUUCAAUACGUCUUUCGAUUCAUUUCCGAAAAGGAAGACUACCGCCGCGCAUCAACCGCUCUCAACAUCAACCUUUUGCGCAACUUUCUGCUCCAGCUGUGCAUCGUAGGUGUACUGCUGUUCUACUGGUUGACCCGCACCUACGACACCUGCUGGGAGACGCGCAUUGGCCAGGAAAUCUACCGCUUGGUGGUAGUCGACUUCAUCAUCUCCGUAUUGUUUCUAGCCUUCCUACAAGCCACCCGAUACGCGCUAAACCGCUUCUACUGCCGAACGAUUUCCCUACCGGAGUUCUGCCUCACCAACAACAGCCUGGGACUGGUCUACAACCAAACGCUGCUUUGGUUUGGAUUACUAUUCGCCCCCUUACUGUGCCUAAUCGUUGUCGCCAAACUGCUGCUCAUUUUUUACGUCAAAAAAUUCAGUCUGAUUUACUUUUGCAAAACACCGGACAAAUUGUGGCGCUCCAGUCAAACCCACACCCUCUUUCUGGUGUUGGUUUUUGUUUCGCUGUUUGGCGUUAUCGUAACGCACGGAUACAUUAUGACGCAGGUCGCGGUCAGCAGCGAGUGUGGACCCUUCCGAGGGAACAGCUACAUGUAUCAGCUGUUCAUGCAGGGAAUCCUGAAACUUCGCGAGGAGCAUAUCUUCUGGAAGGUGUUCAUCUACAUCACCAAACCGGCGAUGAUUGGCGGACUGCUGCUGGCCAUGGCUGUGGUUGCUUAUUAUUUGCGAGCCAAAUCGAAGGCGCAAAUCGCUAAGGUUCGACUGCUGAAGGAGAUGCUCUGUAUGGAGGCUAAAGACAAGGAAUUUUUGUUGGCUAAUAUAAGUAAGAUUACGCGCGGUAAGGAGUGGGAUUUCGAUAAAGAACUGCUUAGUGGACGAAAGAACGGUGCGGACAAGUAUUACAGCGAUCCGAGUGGGACCUGGCGGUAUGCGGAGAGUCCUCGUAAGAUUAGUGGGAAUCCGAUUAUUAUUGGAGAGGAUAACGACGAGGGUCCAAACAGCGGUGUUUCCGGAUACCAACGAAUUGAUGAGUUAGGCGAAGAACGGGUUCGAAUUUUUACAUACAGCCACUAAGUGGAGCUUAGUGUGAUAUAUUUAUUUAUUAUUCUAUGUAAUAAACGUUUUUUGAUUACAAAAGUUUCGGAUGCGUUUUAUAGAAAAAACAUGCAGUUUUUUUUCUUUCGUC